AUGCUGAGCAUUGAGCGGCACGAUAAGCGCGACCUGAUGUCUCUGCCGCGAGAGCUCCGCGAUAAGGUCUAUGACUUCACAACUGAACGUGGCCACACACAACAUGCCAAGCAUAGCCCGAUUCCUCUACCUGUCACUUGCUUCAUCAACAAGCAGAUGCGCAGCGAGGCCUUGGCGCGCCAUCUCGCCCAGGUGCGCUGGGAAUUCGAUGUUAGGAAAGCUCCGUACGGAAAGGCGCAACUGGGCCUUCUCAAAGUCUGGCUCGCCGCUCUCGGAGACGAUGCCGCGUACCUUGCACGCUUUAAGCUCAUAUGUCAGCUAAAGAUGUACAGGUGGGAGGUCUAUAUCAGCCUUGUUGCGGACAGGGAACGGAAUGGAGCACGGAACGUGGAAGCCGACGAAAGAGACGAGCAUGGCUUGUGGCCCGGGGCUGCAGGAAUUGUUGCUUUUGAGCGAGAGGGUCGCAUCCACUAUCAGGCCAUGUUCCCGGGGUACAGGCCUGUUGUUUGGAGAAGGCUUGAUCUUAAUUCGAUCAGUCGAGAUGGCCACGCACAGAUGAAUCUACACGAAGAGAUCGACGAAUAUAUCAGAGAGGUCAUGGUCAAGCCAUUAGCGCAAAAACGCCGUAACGGAAUGUUGACUGGCAAGGAUAUCAGAACUGCCGUAGAAGGGCUCCUUGGUCACAAAUGGAGAUGUUGCUAG